AUGAAGGCAACCAAUAGAAAAGCUGCAGACUUUCUUAAAUCAAAAGAAGUCUGCUAUGAAAGGCUGGGGUGCUUUAAAGAUGGUUACCCUUGGACCGGGACUUUGUCAAGAGAGUUGGCAGGUUUACCCCAGUCUCCAGAGGAGAUAAACACGCGCUUUCUGCUCUACACCAUACAUAAUCCCCACACCUAUCAGGAGAUCAGUGCAGUUAAUUAUUCAACCAUCCAAGCCUCACAUUUUGGAACAGACAAGAUCACCCGUAUCAACAUACCUGGUUGGAAUACAGAUGGCAAAUGGCAGAGACACAUGUGUGAUGUGUUGCUACAAGUGGAAGAUGUGAACUGCGUUAAUUUAGACUGGAUUAAUGGUUCCCUGACAUACGUCAGUUCUGUAAACAAUCUCCGUGUUGCCGGUGCUGAGGUGGCUUAUUUUAUUGAUGUCCUUGUGACAAAAUUUGGAUAUUCCCCUUCAAAAGUGCACUUGAUUGGCCACAGCGUGGGAGCACAUCUGGCUGGGGAAGCUGGAUCCAGGAGGCCAGGCCUCGGAAGAAUAACCGGAUUGGAUCCAGCUGGGCCAUAUUUCCACAACACCCCAAAUGAAGUCAGGCUGGACCCCUCAGAUGCCAACUUUGUCGAUAUUAUCCACACAAAUGCAGCUUACUUUCUGUUUGAGUUUGGCACUGGAACUAUUAAUGCCUGUGGUCACCUUGACUUUUACCCAAACGGAGGGAUUUACAUGCCAGGAUGUGAUUCCUUGAUUCCAUCUUUAUUUAAAUUGAUUUUCAAUGUUCAUACAAAAGAAGCAGUUUCCUUCUUUGACUGUCACCAUGCCCGAAGUCAUCGCUUUUACGCUGAAAGCGUUCUCAAUCCUGAUGCAUUUAUUUCUUAUCCUUGUAGCUCCUACGAAUCUUUUAAAGCAGGAAAAUGCUUCCAUUGUUCCAAAGAAGGUUGCCCAACAAUGGGCCAUUUUGCUGAUAGAUUUCACAUCAAAAAUAUGGAGCCUAAUAGAUCGUAUUAUUUUUUAAACACAAGGAGUCUCCCUCCAUAUGCCAGUUGGAGGCACAAAUUGUCUGUCAAACUCAGUGGAAACAACUUCACUCAAGGGAGCAUAUUUCUCCGUGUAGGUGGCACAACUGGAAAAACAGACGAGUUUGAGAUUGCCAGUGGAAAACUUGAACCAGGCAUGACUUAUAUAAAAUUAAUUGAUACAAAUGUUAAUGUUGGAAACAUUACAAGUAUUGAGUUCAAUUGGAAGACACAUUCAUUUGGACAGUCUCAGAAUAAAUUGGGAGCAGAAAUGGUGACAAAUGUUUCUGGAAAAUAUGGAUAUAGAUCUACCUUCUGUAGCCAGGACACUAUGGAACCUAAUGUUAUCCAGAUCCUGAAACCAUGCUAAUUCCCCGAUAUAGUCUUGGUGGAUUAAUUUAAUGGAAGCAAUGGGA